AUAAGAAGGAGAUUUAGAGAUGGAAAAAAGAGAUGAAUGUGUACAUAAUUUUGAUUAUAAUAAUAAUAAAAAACAAUAUCCCCUGAAAUUCCCACCAUGUCCCUUAUCUAACCAGCCUCCUCCUCCGAUGGCUUCUUCUGCCCCUUCAGCCGUCCUUCGUCUCCGACUAUCCAACCAUUACGCACAUUCCCUUCAGCACAUUCCCAGAAAUUCCCACAAUGUCCCUUCUCUUCCCUGCCCUUCCCCCAGCUGUUACUCAAUUCUCCUCAAAGCCAGCUUUUCAAGCACAGUCCCAUUCGCCGUCUCAGAUUCAGACUCCGCGAAAUCCCUCGAACCCGAUCCUCGAUCGCUCCUCCGAGAAGUUGCAGACAGCUUUGAUCUCCCUGCGGAUUAUUUGUCACGCUUGCCUUGGGAUCUUCGUCUCGAUCUAAAUGAUGCAGCCUUUGAUCUUUCAAAUGGUCCAGUUCAAAGUGAGUGUGGUGAAGAGAUCGGGGAGACAUUGCUAAAUAUAAGUAGAGCGUGGGAACUGGCUGACACAUCAACUUCAGCAGCUUUGAUGGUCAAGGUUACUCAGCUUGGAGACUGUUUGACGAGUUCUCAAAAGUCAGCACUCGGAAAGCGUUUGUUAUCUGCUGGAAGGAGGUUUCAGUCCAUGGGACAGUAUGACAAGGGUGAAGUGCAGCGGAUUGCUGAAGUGAUGAUGAGGACUGGGAUGCUUUUGUCUGGAUAUGCAGUAUCUGCAGGUACUGAUGAAGAACCAAAGCAACAAACCCGGACUUUUAAGUUUGGUGAGCUUGAAGUUGCACUCAGUUCUGGUAAAGCAUAUGUUGGAACUGCCAUUGGUUCUGCAUUCGGGAUCUUAUGUUGGGGAUUGAGUCAACGUGUUGCGAGUGUACCUGAGAGCUCAUUCCAGUAUGCAAAUGACAAUGCUCUGUUACUUGCGAAGUCACUGCAAGGAUUUCUUCUGGCGCUUCUCUAUUCCUCAACCGUCUUGUCUGCUUUCGUAACCAUUGGGCUUCUUUUACUCGCGGGACAACUCAAGUCGAGUGGUAAGUGACUAAGGCCAAGUUUGGUCAUGCGGAGAACAGUAUUACCUUCCACUGUAAAUAGGCAACACAUCUAUCCUUCAUCCAAACAUGGAAUACACAUUUGUUUCUGCUCCUAUUUGAGUAAAGCCAAUACAACAUUUUAUGUUUAAUGCAAAGGUAAACACAUGGUUACCAAGUGUGCUCAUUAGGGCAAUGCUAGGGGUACCCCAUGUUGGUGUACCCCUAGCUUAAUUCUAGUUACAAUUAUGUGAAAUGAAAAGAGAGAUGUAAA